CGACGAUGGAGCGACUGGUGGUGACGUUAAUCGUUGCAUUGAAAUUGUCAUUUUUCGUGAUUUUGGUAUCAGCAACCCCUAAGACAGUUGACAUAAUAAAAUCGAGUAACUUGAACGGUCUUAAGGAUGAAGAAAUUUUGGAAGUUUUAUCCCAAAAUAAAACUGGCAUUUCCGAUAACUUUACCCUUGCCGAGCUCAUCGAUCAUAUCGGAAAUAACACCGUAAAUGAAGUGUGGAGAAGAAACGAUGAAAACGAUACCGAUUCGUACACAAAUUCAUUUUACGCACAAUUUACAGAAGAAAUUGAUAGAGAAUCGCGGCAUCUUUUGGAUUUCGUUCCCGCCUAUCAACCAGGAACGGGUCCUGUGAGCGCAGAGUGCCGCCGAGAAUCUGAAAUCUUUAAACAGGAACUGCAAAAAUUCAGCCUCUGGGCUUUAAAGAGUAAGUUAUUCAGCGUGUGCGUUUGUAUCCAAAUCAACUGGAUGAUUUCAAAACUAUACCACCAUGCGGUUGACAGGUUUCCUUUAUCACUUAACAUUUUUAGUUGGUCUGGGUCAAGAGCUUCAACUUUUUCGAACGACGAUAAACUAGUAUCGUUGAAUAUAUUGUAUCAUGAUUAUUUUUUGUAUCUUCGCUCUGAUCUGCACUCAACAUCAAAGCACCAUGAAUUAUUUUAUGAUAAUCGUUUGCCGUACCUCGAAAGUAGAAAAAAAAUAACAUUUUUCAUAAUACUCGUUGUUACCCCAGUGUUCGAUGCAACGGCUAAGAUACCUUCGGGAAUUUUAAAUGGUAACGUGAAUCAAUUUGGGGACUUCGACGAGUGCAUGGGCGUGCAGGGAAAUGAAGGAAUUCAAGGACAAUACUGCUUGGCAUAUUUGAAACUGGACAUCGAUGAGUCACGCCCGGAUCUGAAACAUAUUCACAAACUUUUGCACGCUCAUUACGCGUUCAAGAGCAAUCUAACGGACCCGGGUCACCGAGUGCCCCGAUUCGGUACAGUAAACUGGGCAGUUUGCACGCCCGCUUCCUGUUCCCCUCAAGACGUCGAGGCGUCCUUGCGACACACUCUUGCCAAGCACACGGCUCGUACCGGGCUCAAAAUAACCGUCAAAGUUGACGCUGAGAUGUGUCAAAAAAAAGUAAAGGAAUCCUAUCCUACGGAGACAAAAAUCGCUAGCGCGUUCUUUCUGGGAGUGAUCGCAUUAGCUAUGCUAGCUACGGUUUACGAUCAUUUAGGGCUUGUGGCGAGCGAAUAUCUGCUGUCCUUUUCGCUCAAGAAAAACUUCAAAAAGCUCGUGUCCCUCGAAAGAGGCGAGGGUGACAUCGCAGCUCUGCACGGUGUAAGGGCACUCAACGCAAUGAUGUUGAUAAUUGCUCAUAAAAGCAUGGCGUUGUUUUUCAACCCCUACGUUAACAGAACAGAAAUGACAGAGUACCUCGGUAAACCUUGGACGGUCAUUGGACGAGCGGCAAGUCUUUAUACCGAUCCGUUUAUCAUGCUCUCAGGACUUCUGACGACCUACUCCUUCAUCGGAAGGCUCAACAGAACUGGAAAAUUGGACGUGAAGAGCGAGUACCUAUCGCGUUUACUGAGAUUGGUACCGACUUUGGGAGCCUUGGUAUUAUUCUGCACGUACGUGAUGCCCUUUAUGGGUUCAGGACCACAAUGGAAUUUAGUGGUAACGCACCACGCUGACAUAUGCAAGAAAACAUGGUGGAGAAAUUUUCUAUUCAUUCACAACUACUUCGGUUUUGAGAAUAUGUGCUUGACGCACACGCAUCACUUGGGCAUCGAUACUCAACUAUUCGCGGUAUCGCCGGUGAUAGUUUUACUGCUUUGGAAAAAGCCAAAAUUCGGAGCUUUUUUGCUAGCUAGUCUCGCUGUAUUUUCAACAAUACUUCGAUACAACGUCACCUACGAUAGGCAAUUGAACAACUACGUCUUCUUCGGUACCUCGAUCAAACAAUUGUUCGACACGGCAAAUCACUCCUACAUUCUACCAACGCACAGAUUAACUGUCUACAUUAUUGGUAUUUUCACCGGAUACUUGCUCAGAAAUUUUCCAAAAAACUAUAAACUGAAUCCAGUUUUUAUAAAAGCUGGAUGGGUAGUUUCUACCUUAAUGUUCAUUGGGGCAUUUGUGGGCCCAGCGACUAUGGGAUCGAUAAAUUACGUCUACAAUCCAACACACGCCGCGAUUUACAACGCUUUUUCACCGAUCGGGUGGUGCAUCCUUUUUGCCUGGAUGGCCUUCUUGUCUCAUACCGGAAACUCGAACGGUAUUCUUACCCGCAUGUUCGCAUGGCGAGGUUUUCUGAUCUGCACAAGAUUAAGCUACGCGAUUUAUUUAACGCAGUUCCCGGUCUUCUUUUACAACGUCGGAAUGACGCGAAGCGCCGAGUAUUACGGUUUUCUUCGGAUGAUGUUGAACAUUAGGGAGCUCAUAUGGAUCGUAGUUACUUCAAUCAUUCUCACGCUGCUGUUCGACACGCCGUUCCAAAACAUAAAGAAUUACUUAUUACGGAAAUCCAAAGCAUCGGCGAUCGAAUCGUCGCAAAAUGAAAAAUCGAAGGGAGAAUAAGGAACGCCGAUUGUAAGACUUGGAAUGUUAGCUCGGCUAAAAGUAUUGUACAUACAUAAUUAAUUUCGUCAAUCUCCUGAUACGCCAUCACGGUGUUUGGGGGUAAAAAGAAAGUCGCUCGUUUUUGGUGCACGUGCCUCAGGUCGCGAGAUUAACGUAUUUAUACAACCCGAAACGACGCCUACCUACUAUUAAAUUUUAAUUUGUAAAUAGAUGUAGAAAUUUAGGGAUAGCAAGCUAUCGACAACGAUAUUGUCAAACAAUUUCGCAGCGGCGCUUUCCCAAGACUGAUCAAAUAAUUUUUGUUAUUUUAUUCCGCUAUUAUUUCACUACAAGCAUUCAGUUUUAUCCUUGUUCAACUAACCAUAUUCCUAAGCAACCUUUUUUCCAUUGGUUCGAACAAUCGCUACGUAAUUGAGAAUACUUGAUGAUAAUUGCCAAAAAUAAUUUGGAAGAUAAAAAGAAUAAAAAAGAAAAAAAAAACAGUACGAAAUAGAUAAAUAAAGAAAAAUGGAAUUAAUAAUCCAUUUUUUUUACUACAUAUAGCUGAACAUAUUUUAUAAGAAGGUUCUGUAUUGAGUAUAGAAAUUAGUUUAAUUAAUAAAAUGUGCUUAGUGAUAUGUAUUGUACAUGUAUUAGUAUUUACCUUUUAGUUGUGUACAGGUAUAUUUAGAUUAAAAAAAGAUUCGAUAAAGUAGAAUUUAGCUUCAUUUUUUCCUUAUCUUUGCACAUUCUUUAUUCACCCAUUUCAACUAACAAACUUACAUCUUGAAAAAUUUAGGAAAAUAUCUGCCCAUCUGCUUUAGCUACUCUUGCAUGUAGAAAAGGGAAAAGAAGAAUGAAAACAAUAAAAAAAGACGAACCAUAAGAAAA